ACUGUAAAAAUCCGUUCAUGUUAUCUGUUUAAUGGUGUGUGAUCAGUAUUGUUACAUAUAUUUCCAGGCUUAGUUGUAGACGUAAUAACGAAACUAUUGCUCUGUAUUACGAAUAAUUUACUGGCACAUGAUAAAUAUGGACGAUGACAAGGGAGAAGAAAUGUUUUCUGAGAGGACUGCUAUUCGUGAAGAAUUGUCCAGAAUGAGCUUUGAGGAGUUGCAGAAACUGAAAGAACAGCUGGGUUCUAAAGUUUAUAAUGAAGCAAUGUUUGGGACAAGUCAGAUGAAGAAAACAGAUUUUAAAAGAGAAAAUAAAAAUAGACCUCGUGAGAUGUCUUCAAAACAAGUGUGCAUAGAGAAUCUGGCUGUUUCUUCAAGAAAGACAGCUCCACGUGACCCAAGAUUUGACAGUCUCUGUGGAUCAUUCAAUGAAAAGGCAUUUCGCCAUUCAUAUUCCUUCCUCAGUCAUAUUAGAGCGGAAGAAAAGCAACAGCUUAAGGAGGAACUGAAAACACAGACCGAUUCAAGGAGGAAAGACAAGCUUAAAUAUCUGCUUCAGCGCAUGGAAAACCAAGGCAGGGAAGAAAGGCAGCAAAAGAAAAAGUUACAAAGAGGAAGAGAACAACGAAAAGCUCAAAUAGAAAUGUUACAGCAGGGGAAGAAACCAAGAUACCCAACAAAAUCUGAGAAAAGGAUUCUUGAUUUGGUGGAACAGUAUGAAGAACUGAAGGACAGUGGAAAGUUGCAAAAGCAUAUUAUGAAACACAGAAAAAGGAAUGUACAGAAAGCCAGAAAGAAGUUAAAAGUUGUAAAUGACAUAUAACAAUAAAAUUACUAUCAGAAA